GUCAAUCGAAGGAUAACCUCAAGUGCGCAUUUAUUCUGUCAUGGGAUCUCACUGUUCUCUGACUCGUGUUCCUUGUUAGGGUCCUGAUGGACAACUUCAGUCCAGAUCAAUAUGACCGUUUCGAGGCGUACAGACGACACGCUCUACCCAAACAAGCCGUUCGCAAGGUCAUCCAACAAACCGUCGGACAACAAGUCUCCCAACCUGUGGCCCAGAUUGUCGCCGGUUUCGCCAAAGUGUUCGUCGGAGAGGUCGUUGAGAAAGCUCGCGCAGUACAAGCACGCCGAGGAGAAACAGGCCCACUGUCACCCGACCAUCUUCGGGAAGCAUAUAGGCUAUAUCAAGAGGAAACAGGGCGUGUCGGGGCUGCGCGGCCUGUCAGGUCUAAGAGAUUAUUCGUGAGGUAGACCAUGGCAUGGUUGAAUAUAACGAUGCCGACACUGAGAGAAUGCUCCGUAUUCCGCCAAACGCAAGUGUAGCCGGAAUCUAUCAAACCACAUAAAGGCCGGUACCAGAGUAGGGCGAGGAUGGAGGGACAGGACCGGCCUAGAGACUCUGUUCACCAGGUUAUUCUACU